UCAAGGCGCUGUAAGUGUUUGGAAUUUUUUCUUUUAAUUUGUUGUUUUCGCCGAAAUUGCUCAUCAAAAUGGAUGUGCAGAAGAUUUGUCUGACCUGUUUGAGUCUAACAGGUCCGUUUUUAUCCAUUUAUGAUGGCGGAUCAGGCAGCUGCCUGGCGGAUAUGCUCAAACAGUUCACCAAAACGAAGCCGCGUCCCGAAGAUAAUCUGCCCAAACAGGUCUGCCUGGGCUGUCUGAGCGAGAUAAACCACUGCUACACCUUCAAGAUCAAGUGCGAGAACUCCAGUCGCACGCUUCGCCAGCUGCUGCCCAAUGCCCUGCCGGAGGAGCCCGAGUUCGCCGCCAAGCCCGCUGUGCCCACUGCCGAGAAGGCCGUACAGACCACGAAACCCUGUGCCCCGACAACAGCCACAGCGGAAGUGCAAACCACUGCAACGCUCACCACAGAUGCUGCGCAGAAUACCAGCCUGGAUAAGUCUGCCUCUGCCCCUGCCCCCGAAGAGGAGGAUGCGGAGGAAGACGGUGAAGAGUGUCAGGUGUUUGAUUACGAGCUGCCCGUAGAGCAUACUGAAAAGGAGGAAAAUGAAGAGCCUAUUACUGUCUAUAAACACGAGCCCGGCAGCCGGAAGACAACCGAAUGUAAUAUAGCCAUAUUCGAGGCUGUCAAAAGUGACACAGAGAUGCCGGCACCCGCACCCACACCCAAAUUGCAAAUGAGGACACGAAAGAGUGCCGCCAAACUGUUGCUGCAGCAGCAGGAGGUGAAGCAGUCACCCAAGCAGGAAAUAGAAGGCUCGGCGACACCAGAGCCAGAGGCAGAAGCACAGCCAGCACCGGCCAAGAGAUCCUCACGACGCCGCCCAGCCGAGAAACCAACGGAAACAGCGGAAAUGGUGGCUCCUGUGCCAAAACUGAUCAAAGUCAGCAUCAACCAUGGCGAAAUAAUGGAUCUAAAGUAUCAUUGUGAUCGCUGCAAUGCUGGCUUUGCCCUGGAGAAAUCUCUGGUCAUACAUCGCCGACAGAAGGGCUGCAUCAAUCGCAAUUAUCCCUGCAACGAGUGCGAGCGGGUGUUUGUCUCACCGGAGCAUUUGGCGGAGCACCAGGCCACACAUGGCACAUACAAUUGCCAGGAGUGCGGACUGCUGUGCGACUCCAAGGAGCAGCUGGGCAAGCAUAUGGUGCAGGGCCACAAACGGAAUCUGCGCAAUCAGUGCAGCGUUUGUAAGAAGGUCUUUACCAUGCUCUCCACCCUGCGAGAUCACAUGCGCAUCCACACGGGUGAGAAGCCAUUCCUGUGCAACAUUUGCGGCAAGAGUUUUACACAGAAUGCCAAUCUGCGCCAGCACAAGCUCCGCCACUCGGACAUCAAGAGCUUCAAGUGCUCCGUGUGCCCGCAUUCGUUUGUGACCAAAGCAGAGCUGACCUCCCACGCGCGCACCCACACCGGCGUCAAGCCGUACGAGUGUGAGGUGUGCAUGACCAAGUUUACGACGAGCUGCUCGCUGGCCAAGCACAAGCGAAAGCACACGGGCGAGCGGCCCUAUGCCUGCGAUCUGUGUCCCAUGCGCUUUACGGCGCUGAAUGUGCUCAAGAAUCAUCGACGCACGCACACGGGCGAGCGUCCGUAUGUGUGCCCCUUCUGCUCGAAGACAUUUACACAGCGCGGCGAUUGCCAGAUGCAUCAGCGUACGCAUCAGGGCGACAAGAUCUACAUUUGUCCGGUGUGCAGCGAGGAGUUCAAAUCGAUGCCAGAGAUGCGCACACAUUUGGCCGUACACGAGCAGGAGGACAAGCGUUUGAUGCACUUUACGCUGCUCAGCAACAAGGAGAAUGGCAGUGGGGGUGCGGCCCUAGACGAUGAGCUCACCGAGGUCACGGAUUCGGCAUUGAUGCUAUAAGGGAACUGCAACUAGAAGUAAGAACACAUCACACCGACACCGAUACCAUAUCCACAUUUAGAUUUAGCUACUCUGUACACCUGUAAGCAGCCCCCCCACACACACACACACACACACAUGUGCACCACCGUCUCUCCGUUUUCGUACUCGCUUUUUGUUUUUUCCCUGUGGGAAUUUAUGACAAAAUUAGAAAUUUGUAAGAGCAUCUUUUUAGUCUUAUACGCCUAAGGGUUUGCUUGGAGAAAAUAAAAAGAAAGAUCCUUAAACAUAAAUUGCAUC